CAGAAAUAUAACUGCAGGCUGCAGCACCUCGCUCCCAUGGAGUCGCUCUCUCUCACUCUCCCACGAAAGAGCACACGAUGGGGAAAUCCGGCAAGAUGGGGAAACUCGGCCACAUCGCCGCCAUUUAUCGUCUCUCCCAGAGCUCCUCACAAAGUUCCGUUAAAACCCCUCUCUCCUCCCCCACGAUCCAAUACAGACGUCUCUCGGUUUCCGUCUUCGAAGCUCGCCGGCCGACGCACGGAAGCUAACGUAUAUGCAAAUCCACAUCUGCAGUUUACCUGUUUCCCAGGUGAAGAAUUUCGAUCCCCCAAUUCGUGAAUUUCCAUGUAAAUAACUUCUUUUCCUUUCCCCGCCGGACGGCCGGAGUAGUCUAGGGGUUUCAGACCCAGGAAAUGGCGUUUUCUGUUACUGUCUGGGAAUGAUCAAUUUUGCAGAUUCCUCUUUUGAGCUUGUACUUGGUUUUUGCUAUUAUCUCAAAUCUUAGGAAUUGAAUUUACUCUGUUCUAGUUCGUCAUUUCAUUAAAUGGGUGGGAUUUUUCUUUUCCUUUUCAGGCCCGGGACGAGAAGGGAGACAAUUUUUGAUCUCGUGUUCAUUAAUCUAGAGGAGUUCGAAGCUUGGAUCCAAUUAAAUAUAAGGAGGUCGAACGGUUUUCUGGUUUGUUGAUAGGUCCAUUUCAGAAGCAACCGAAUGGGGGAUUUUGCUUUCCCCAUUUGCGCAAGUUUUCUUCUGGAUUAGCAAAUGCAACAAUGACUUCGGAUUGGCCGUAAGGCUCUGUCACCAUGGCAGCUUCUGCUGCAUUCCCACAAUCCCUUGCUUACAUUACUGCAUCAGUGGCGGGCCUUGCUGUGUUUCUGUUCCUAUCUUCAUUGCUUUUGGUCUCGAAUCCGUUAUCUUCUACAGUUCAGGAAUACUUUUACAAGGCUGAUACACUGAAAGUGAUUCUUCCUGCAGCGAUUCCAAAGAAUCAAACAGAUACUCAUACUAAUGUAGACGCUGGUGAUAAUAAGAGCCUGCCAUCUGGGUCUGAUUUUGAAUUAAAAUCCACGAGUUUGAGCGGUAUUAAUGGUAAUGUAAGCGAGGGUGUGAGGUAUUCUUUGCCAUCUGGCUCGGAAUCAAAUGUGGAAGUUCCAAAUAGUAAUAAAGAACUGAGAGAGGAUUCCAUGAAGAAAGAUGGUCACGUGCAAGUUCCAGCUGGUAAUACGGAAAUGAAGGAGCCCCAGAAGAACGAUGGUGUCGCUGAUGUGAAGGAUUUAGGUAUCAAGAAUCCUGCUAGUGUAGAUGAAGAAGUAGCCAAGGGUGCAAAGGUUGCAGUGGCGAGCUCUGUCCCAUCUGGUUCAGAUCCCAAAUUGAAGAGUGGGGGAGAAACAUCAUAUGCAGCCAGCCAAGAGGUUCCUACAACGACUGGUUCAGAUGAUUCAGGAUGUGAUCUAUUCAAGGGAACUUGGUUCUAUGAUCCGCUUGGGCCCAUGUACACGAACAAUAGCUGCCCAGUCAUUACACGGAUGCAGAACUGCCAAGGAAAUGGAAGACCUGAUAGGGAGUACGAGAGUUAUCGUUGGAAACCAUCACAAUGCGACCUCCCUCGCUUCGACGCCAAAAAGUUCCUUGAACUGAUGAGAGGAAAAACUAUAGCCUUCAUUGGCGAUUCAGUAGCUCGAAACCAAAUGGAAUCGUUGCUCUGUCUUCUCUGGCAGGUGGAAGUUCCAAGAAACCAAGGGAACAGAAGAAUGCACCGAUACUACUUCAGAUCGACAUCUACCAAGAUUGUUCGAAUGUGGUCUUCAUGGCUCGUCCAUCAAACACCAGAAGCCAUAGACUUUGCGCCGGAGGGCGUCACAAAGGUCCACCUUGACACUCCAGACGAGAACUUCAUGGAAUUCGUCCCAACCUUCGAUGUUGUUGUUCUCUCCUCGGGUCACUGGUUCGCUAAGCAAUCCGUCUAUGUGUUGAACAAUGAAAUAGUGGGAGGACGGCUGUGGUGGCCGGACAAGUCUCGGGAAGCCAAAAUCAACAACAUCGAAGCUUUCGGGGUAUCUGUAGAGAACAUUGUGGCAUCAAUGGUCACACACCCAAAUUUCACCGGGUUGGCCAUCCUGCGGUCAUAUUCACCCUCCCAUUAUGAAGGCGGGGCCUGGGAUACCGGUGGCUCUUGCACCGGGAAGACGAGGCCUCUGGAGCCCAAACAGAUGGUGAAGAACGGUAAUAUUGACAAAAUGCACGAGAAACAGAUGACAGGGUUCCUUCGUGGCAUCCAGAAGAAGUCAAACAAAUCAAAGUUUGUGAUGAUGGAUAUUACUGGAGUGUUCAGUUAUCGGCAUGAUGGGCAUCCGGGGCCAUUCCGGAGUCUUGAUCCGAACAAGAGAACUCAGUUUGGCUCCGAUGGAAAACCUCCCCCGCAGGAUUGCUUGCACUGGUGCAUGCCUGGUCCAGUCGAUACGUGGAAUGAACUCGUGCUCGAGAUUAUAAGGAGAGAAUAUGAAGGCAAAAAGAGCUCCUCAUCUUGAGGAGUUGAUCUUAAUUCAAAGUGGAAGAGGCCAGUUAACCAGCGGGACUUGACUUAUAUUUUUAAAUGAGGUUUUGCUGACUAGGUAACUCCCUUCACCUCUGUUUUCUUUUGUUACCUCAUUUUGUUAUUCUCUUUGUUCUCCAUAGAAGGGAAAUCUUAAUCAGAAUUCAGCUGCUGUACCAGAUAGGGUAUUGUUGUGGCUAGUGUUACCUCCUUACAAGUUAAAGGGCCUCUGCAUUUUGUAUACACGACAGAUUCACAAUAUACGAGAACAUGCUUGUUCAACAGUUCCAAGAGAUUCACUAUUGUUGCUUUAUCUUUCAAGAAAUAAUGGUUUUGGGGAUCUGUCUGCUAGAACUUUUGGCAGGAGGAAGAGUCGAUGAGAAAUCUCUUGGCCCAUCUGCCUAGCAUGGUAGGGGCUAUAUACUUCGCUUGGCUUUACUAGGAAGAAACUCAUAUACUACACUUGAGUUUGUCCUACCAUGUUAUGGAAUGAACUCCGGAUGGCAGUACUGGUGGUUGCUUCCAUUAGAGAAUGAAGGAACUCAUAUACUACACUGUGUUUCUUUACUGUCUAUAAGACCAUUAUAGGUAUGUUUGUGAUUAGUAGUGUGAAUUGUAAACUCUAGGAUCCAGGCAGUGAUCACCAUUUUGGCCGUCUGUCUACUCUGGUAACUGGGAUGUUAUUUUUGGUGAUUGACGUUAUGCUGCUACAACAACAAGACUGCAUAUGGUUGCUCUGUGCCUUGAAAUUUGGAAACUCCAAUUUGAGUAUGGAAAUGUGAUUAUAAAUCCCUCGGACCAUU